AUCACAUGAUGUAUAAUCAAAUAUAUAAACUAUAUGCAUAAAAAUCGAUUCAUAAAAUUAAACAAUAAGAAAAGAAAGUAUAUUGUAACUCUAACGCAAAUUAAUUUUGUUUUUACAAGCUGAUUCUCUCUUAUUUCGAUAAUAACGAUUAGACGAUAAUGUAAAAAAUAUUAAUUUGAGAAAGAAUAAUAAAUAUCGAUUUAUUUCGUCUCUCUUGGUAAGAUUUUCCUUGAUAGAUUGUUGUUACUUUAGUUAGAAAAUUAAAUUACGUAUUUACGUAUUUAUUUCUGAUAACGUAUAAUUAGAAUACCAAUAUCAAUCAUUCGAAAAUAUGUAUUUGUUUAUUCAAAACGAUAUAAACGAUAUAUAUAUAUACGAGUUAAUGUCACUAUAGAAACUAAAAUAUUUUGUUUUCUUAAUGAUAAAUAGCACACACAACUCUUGUUAUUUAUUUUAACGAAUCAGAUUACUUUGGUUAUACGAAUAGGAUUGAUUAUGUAUGUUUAAACAAUUCACUUCAAUUUCAUUCGUCCAAAAGUUUCGGACUUAAUCGCAGAGUUGGGUUUUAACGGUUAGUAAAUGAUAUAUAUCGAGAAGUUAGAGAAUAAAAUAUAGAAUUAAAUAACGCUUAUUGAAUUCAAGUGAAUUCAAUCGUAAAAUAUGAUGGCUUACGAUUUAGACAAUGUUGCGUCUGAAGUAAAGAUUCAAGAAAAAGAAGAAGAAGAAGAAAAUGAAGAAGAAUUUCUGUUAAUAACUACUAUUUGUACAUUUACAAGAGCAUUGCUUCCACAAACUGAAGACAAAUUUGUAAGUCAACCAUUUUACUUACACAAUACUUUGGAAUGCUAUUUUAUAGAAAUCAUUUGGGAAGGAUUUGAAUUUGUGGCGCAGAUGAUACCUACAUUAAAUGAAAAAGUGGAGUGCAAUUUCAAUCCAUAUUUUGGUGAAUCAACAAUAUUUGACCAAACGUCACAAUGUAAUUACAACUUUCAAUCUGAUAAAGAUAAUCCUACUUAUACGUCAUGUUCCAUGUUAGGUUAUUGCGAGUUUAUCGAUAUUCGUUUACUUUCAUUUACAUUUUCUGUUCAACAUGUUAGACCUUAUUUCGAAAAUAUAAACCCGACACAACCAGAACUGUACGAACGUUUACACGACAUUUUCAAGGAAAAAAGAUUUACGGAUGUCAAGAUAAACGUCAAGGGGAGAGAAUUUUCAGUUCACAAGGCAUUGAUCAAAAGAUGUUCCAUAUUGUAUGAAAUAAUCAGAAAUAAUCAAAACAAAAAGAAUAGAAACUUCGUUGAAAUAACCGAUAUUGAACCUGACAUUUUCGAAGUUAUAUUGAAAUUUCUUUAUCUUGGUGAAACUGGAACGAUUGAUUUGUAUGAAAAUAAUAAUGAAUUUCUUUUUAAUGUAAUAUUAGCGGCUGACUUUUAUCAAAUUAACGAUUUGAAACAUAAAUUGAUCAAUAUAGCCAUAAAAUAUCUAAGCAUUCAAAAUGCCAUUCAUAAUCUUAUUUUUGCUGAGAAAUUCAACAUUUUUAUUUUAAAAGAAAACUGCAUGAAGUAUAUACGAGUUUAUGGUAAACCCAUAUCCAAGACUGCGCUAUUUCAAGAGCUGGUAGACGGGUAUCCGAAAUUGUCAGCAGAUAUGCUUUUAUAUGUUUUACGUGAAUAGAAUUCGAUAGAUUUUUCUAAGAUGUUGGAUUGCAUUUAAACGACUAUUUGUUGAGCUGCGAAAUGACUACAUCAAUGUUUAAGAGAUAUAACUUAUGAAUCUGUUAUUAUUAUUAUCAAAUUUAAAUUGACGAAAACAUCUGUUAAGAAUUCAAAUCUGUUUACUAAAAUUUUCCGUUAAUGUGUAAAAAAAAAAACAAAAAAAGGCGUAACAAAAACGAAUAACAUUGGUUUCAAAUUAUAACUGAACUCAAAAUAAAAUUUUGUUGAAUUUUUAAUAUUGAAACUAUAAUAAAAAGUCUCAAAGAUGAUCUUAUUGUAAGGACAAAAAAGUUUUCAUCUGUUUAAAACUGUAAUGACGAGAGAUAGAUUAAAAUUAUUAUUAUAAAA